AAAAAAAUUUAAACGAACAAAUUCACCUCCUCCAAGCUUUACUGUUGUAUUCUAAUUCGCAAAGCCUGUCAAAGUUCAACAAAAGUUUCAAAACUAUUCAAAUGCUAAUGAGCUUUCUGCUCACAGCUCAUCUUAGUGAACCUUUGAAAGAGACGGAAAGCAAAAGCGGAGAAAAAACGUAUUCGUUUUAUAGAAAAUUGCCACUUUGAAUAAAACAUAACAUUUAAACGACAUUUUUGGAUAAACGUUCCAAAAUGGUGAACGCUCAACCGGAGAAUCAAGUCAAAUCCGAUGAAUCUUUGGUUCGUCAAAUCGAAAACGAACCAAAUUCAACGGAAGUCAUCGAGAAGAAUGAAGAAACACGCUUGAAUGAACAAGAGGUUCAACCACAAGAAACAUGUAGCGAUGGGCUGAAAAGGAAAACCAAGCGCAAGAAAUCGACAUCAAUCGACGGGAUUGGUGUUGAAAACGACACAAAUGACAUUGAAUACGCGAUUGUUGAGCAUGAAAACAAACGUCAGAAAAUCGAAAUUCGCAAACACAAAGAGAACAACCAGACAUCGAUCAAAGCAGAUGGGUUGCACAUGGACAAACCACCCGCAAAACAACCGAAAGAUGCCAAACCAAAUGCCGAAACUAAUAAAUUGCGAUUGAAAUAUGAAAAUAUUCACGCAAAUACCGUGCAAAAGCUAAACGCUCAAGCCAAACAACUGCGAUUGGAAAUAAGCACACUUCGAACUGCACUGGCCAACGAACAAAACGCCGUCAGAGUUUUACGCGCUCAAAAUGAUGCAAAUUUCCGCAAGGAGAAAAUUCACUCAUUGAAAUGGCGUGGCGAUAAACAAACAGGUGCCAGUUUGAAGCAGCAACAACGAAGUGCCGAUCGAACAAGCGCCUCAACUCCGGUGACAAUGUCUCAAAACAGUCAGCUUUCAGAGCAGUCGACGCGAAUCGACCGACUUCUUAAAGAAAUCGAAGCUCUCAAAGAGACAAAUAAGCAACUGGCAGAACAAGCCCAGAAAUCGUCAAAGGCUGAGCGCCGGAAAAUCAGUGAUAUUCGUCAGCUGAAGGAUGAGUACGAGCAUCGAUUGAGCCAAGCUGAGAAGGCGUCAAAGGUGGAGAUAAAUCGAUUGCUCGAGGAAAUCAAAAGUAACAAACAAACCGCCAUCAUUCUACAGAAGCAGGCGCAGCUCAGGAAACACGACAAACAUUCGAUGUCGAAGAACGAUAGAAUUCAAAAGAAGAUGCAAAUUCACUUUGUACACCCAGCAGAUUUAAAGAUGCGAAAAAAGGAAACUGAAUCAUGCGACAGCACAACAAUUAGCAACGAGAGUAAUUUGACCAACACAAAGAUGACGACAACGACUAACAAUGAAAUAACCACAAAUCAAACGAAACAAACGAUAGCUACACAUGAUAGCACCACACAAACGACAUGCAAAGAAGAUUUAUUCACAAUGCCGCAUGAGAUACGGGAACGAAUCAUGAACGUUCAAAACGAGUUGCAGUACUGCAAAUCAAAGGAUUUGUCUGGAUCAGACAAUGAUUCCGCAUUGUCAUCAGCACCACCAUCAUUAAGCCCACAGCCCGGCACACAGUCAAAUUCGCCGGAUGUUUGGCAAACGCUGCUAAAGGAUUUCAAGGAGCAUGAAAGUUUGCAAAAAGAAUACGAGCUGAUCAAAGAGGAGAAUCAAUUUUUGAACUGUGAAAUUUCGAUGGCCGAGGAGCAAAUACGUGAAUUGGAAAAAGUACUGCAAAUGACGCGUGAAAACCACAAACACGAUGAGUUGCUCGAACGAAUACAUCAGCUGGAAUGUAAAGAAGCCAUCAUUUUAAAGGAAUCACACGAGCUACGUGAACAAAAUGAACUAUUGGAAUUUCGCAUCAUCGAACUGGAGGAGGGUGCCGAUAAGCUGUUAAACAGUGGAAACUUCAACAAUAAGCGAGAUGCAUAUACUGAAGCCGACCUUGCUGCUGCAACAAAUGAGACGCCGUCUUCGACCUGCAUUUGUAAUGCGAAUUCACAGGAACAAAUGCCCACCGACAAUGUACGGAAAACUCUGCUGACGAUGUCAAAACACAGCUGCUUCGAUGAGCAAGGUCGACAGUGCUUGUUGCAAGUCGUGUCACUGCUGAACAAUUUAGAGACAAUGUCACAAGAUGACCAUGAAUUUUCACUUGACGAUGAUCAUUUCAGCUCAAUGAAUGAAAAAUUAACUCGAUUCUAUUCCCCGGAUCACACGAAGUCAUCGCCAAUGGCAUCGGCUCAAUCGUCGCCAAUGCGAAACUACGACCGAAUUGUUGCUUGUGUUCCGCCAUACACAAGCCAUCAAAUCGAUGACACGGUUUCUGGUCACAAAUUGGUAGUCCAGAAACUCUCGUCCAGCCAUUCGUUCACAAGUAGUAUGAAUGAGAGUGGUGUGUUCGAUGGCGAUUCAACGCUUCCAAUCACGGAUAAUCAAGGCACUCAAACGAAUUUCGACGAUUUCCCGCUAACCGAUGAACUGGUCGUAACUGGUUGCGCCAAUAGUGAUCUCUGUGCUGAAAUCCAGAAAUUGAAUAAAUUCCGCAAGAAAAUCGAAGAAUGUUCAAUGAAUUCACCGUCUCUGGAUAUUGGUGUGUUGAGUCCAUUGUCAAAGCUUGACGAAACUAGACUGCAGUAUUAUCGCGACCGUUUAGACAUGCUCGAAAACAAAGUGGCAAUCUAUGAGAGCAGCGGCGAUGCACAGCUACGUCGAUUGGCCGGUCGAUUACAGAAUGAAAUUCAAUUAGAUGCCCAAGUGAAGCUGUUAAAACAGCGUGUCGAAAAGCUCGAAUCGACCAAUCGUCAGCUCGACGAAGAGCGUUGUGAAUUGGAAGAAAUUGAAAAUGACACACGUUUGCAAUUGCAGCGGCUUGAAGUCGAUUUGGAAAUGUUGACGCAACGCAAUUCUGAACUGGAAAUGUCGUGCGAAACGGCACAGGCAAAUGCAGAAUGUUUGCAAGAAUCGAUAAACCAGUUGAACGAGCAAAUGUUGCUGAUUGACGCCGAUCGCAAUGAUUUAUAUCUCAAAUUAGAAUUGAUAAGUGCAUUUAUGCCUGCAAUUCUGCUGUAUCAUGCAUGGCAAAUGCAGCAAUAUCAACCACGCGCUCUCACCGACCCACAAAUGGCAAUGAACGAAACCACCGAACGACUAUUGUCACCAUCGGUCCAAAUCGAAUGUGUGUGCAAUAAAGAGCACAUUUGUCCCGAUAGCGAUAAAUUCCUUGAGCUGGUACGUCGCGAACAAGAACUCACCGGUACAAUUGCCGAAAUGAAUCGCGCCUACAAUGAGACACUCGAACGCGCUGACAAUUUGUGGGCGCAAAUGGAACGUGAAUACAAAGAUAAAUUGAACCGUAGCCAAGAGGAUAACACAUUGCUGCGUUCGAAAAUCAAUCAAUUGGAAAAGCGAUUGAAAAACGAUGCACACUAUGCCCAAGAACGAAUUGCUCAGCUUGAGGAUGAGGAAAAUGUGCUAAAACGUCGACUCGCUAAAUUGAAUCGCAUUAGUCGCGACGAAGCCGACAAAUACAAAGCAUUGCAAGGUGAUUUUCACAGCCUUAGCAGUGAAUAUGAAAAAUUGAAAACAUACAUGGACGGACCGCUGAGCGAAACCAUCGAAAAGGAGCGGAAAAAAGCACGCACCAUGGAAGAGGAAAUGCGAAUGGCGUCCAAAAUGUACAACGACUUGGAACAAUUGCAUCGCACACAAAUGAAUUUACUGAAAACGAAAUUGGAAAAAUGCAAAAAAGAUUUGAUGACCAGCGAAAUAAAUAACAGUGAAUUGAAGGAAGAGGUGGUGCAGUUGGAGCAUAAAGUCAUCGAGUUAAACCGGUGUCGACGUGAAGAUGAAGACCGGAUUAAGACUUUGGCAGCAGAGGCUCAUGAACAACACACCGUUGUGAGACCCAUCAAACCGAUUCGAAUUAAACACAAUAGCCGCAAUUUGGCACAAGAGCUCGGCUCAUUCGGUCGCAACAACGGCCUUAAUGCCAUCAACAAUCUCAACUACACAUCAGUUUAUACACUUAACUCAGUCGCAUCCAAAGUCAGCGAAACCAUCAAAAAUUUUGAAGUCAAUCGUGAACCAAUCCGUCAUCAAUUCGAAUGAAAGAAAGAGAGACGAAAUGCGGCAGCUGCUCGUUUAAUCUGUUUGCAUCAUUUUACGCUUCGCGGCCAUUUUUCAUCUGCAUUUUAUGUUUUUUUUUGUUUAUUUUGUUGGUUGCCGAAGCCAACAAAAGCCAUAUUCAAUCGGAUUGUUCAAUCAAAAUCAACGAAGAAAAAAAUACACGAAAAAAAUUGAUAAACUAGAAAAAAAACUGCAUAAAAAAAAUGUUAACGAUCACAAGAAUAAAAUAAAUUGUAAGGAAACGAAACAAGAAAUAUAUAAAUUAAAGUGUAGCGAUUAUCUAUCUUUAGCUUCAGUAUGAAUAUACAAUACCCAAUAUUUAUCACAGCGACAACCCGAACCAGGAAAAUGCUCGAGACAGUCGCCAAAUAUUACAUCUUGUACAACUCACGAUCCCAAUCAUUUGCAUGCAAAUCAAUUUAACUAUUGAAACUGUUUGACAAUAAAAUCGAUUAUUCAAUCCAA